UAAACAAAAUAUCGCCCAAAAUAGCUGGCUACUUCUUCGACUAUCAUAGCAAAUAUCAGCUUGUUGACCUCAGUUAGCUGUUUGGGAUAUAUAUUUUCGUAGUUUGAUGUCUUAUUGUAGUCUGUGGUUAGUUUAGUGGGUGUUUUGAUUUGACUUGUCUGUUUAUUUUUGUGUAUUUGUUUAUUCCGAAAAUGACAGAAUCAACUUCCACCCCAAAACGGCAAUGAAUAUUGUGAAAGUUUAUUUUCAGUAACUAAGAACCUAUUUUCGGUUACGUUGAACUAUGUUGACUCCACGGUUUGAUCUAUCUCAGACAGAUUCAGAGGUUAUAUUCAACGUUCAUGCUCCUUUUGCCGAUAUCACCAGAACAGAAAUACACAUUGAAGGCAAAAUGUUUAUGUUCUAUUCGCCCCCUGCGCCAUAUUAUUUGAGACUUCAAUUGCCGGGAGAGAUAGAGGAAUCGUCCAGCUCCCAUGGGAGCUACGACGCAGAUAGCGGCACAUUCACGAUAACGGUUUCGAAAGUCAACAGCGGAGAGUACUUUCCUGACCUGGACCUGAUAACGUCACUGCUGAUGACGCCGAGUGCGAGAGUGAAUCUCUCGCCCGGAGUUCAGGUCGUAGGAGACAAUACUAAUGAUUCGUCGUCUAGCGAUGAAUCCGAUGACAUUGAAUGGUUUGCGGAGCCUCAGAGUGCAGAUACUGUAACGGACUGUGCAAUUGGUGGCCAGAAGUAUGGAUUCGCCAACCAGAAGCAAGGGGUGUUUAGUAAUUUGCAAUGUGUAGUGUCAGAGCUUCUGGACCUCCCUGAGCCGGACACAACGCCGGCUUCCGAAAGGAACCAACUGAAGGUUCAGCGAGAACACGUUGACUUCAGUGAGGAGCACUAUCUGGCUGAUCUCAUGGAGUCGGAGGAAAUUGGCCACAUACUGCAGUUCAGAGCACCUUGGGAAGGCGACGACUGCCAGUGGCGACAAAUGAAGUUCAGUGCUGCAGAGUUGGACGUCCUGAAGGAACUCCACAACAGAGAGUACCUGCUGGAUAAGGAAGUCUUGCACCAGGUUUAUCUCGGUCUGGUGGACAUAAUUGCCGCGUACUGCUACAACCACCGCACCACCCUGGGCGAGGACACCUCCGAAUCGGCAUGGACCAUCAACAAGCUCAGCUCCACCCUGUCUUGGCUGCAGAGUUUCGGCACCGCGCAGGACGUCGCGGAGGCGUUCGUGAGGCGCGCCCUCUGCUACCCGCUGCACCGCCACUGGGAGCUGGCGCUGAGGGUCCUCGAGGACGCGCGGUGCGUCCUGCGGCUCGGCAAGAAGCAGCUCCUCAGGUGCCUGCUCGGCGUCCGCGCGCUGUUCGUCGCCAGCGAGCCGAGAUACAUCCUGAACCAGUUGUACGUGGAAGACUACUGUGUGUGGGUGCAGCACGCGUCGCUUCACAGGCUGCAGUCCCUGGCUGAAGCCCUUGGCAAGGUGACGCUGGACAAAUCCGCCAUGGAUCUGGACUUGCCAGAGCUGGAGAGUGCAGCUCGCAUGGUGCUGGAGGAGGAGGGGGCGGAGCCUGACGUGGGCGGUGUGGCGAACGCUCUGAGCGGCCUGUCCUUGGGCAGCCAACAGGGCGCGUGCGAGGGCCAAGACAGUGAUAGCUCCUCUGACGAGUCGAGUAGUUCAGAUAGUGAAUCCAGCAGCAGCACUUCAGAAUCCUCAACGCUCGACUCGGAUGACAUCAGUUCGUCGGAGAGCUAGCAUUGCGUUGUCCAGUCGACACUUACACUUGUGUGCGACGAAGAGACAUACUGUGUGAGCUCAUGCAAGAGUGUAUACUACUGCAAGGGCAAUAAUAAAUUUGUAAUUUUUUUUUGUGCUGAGUGCUAUGUUUUUUGUUACAAAAAUGUACAUUUUAUAUAAAAUAAUGCUUUGCUUUUA